CAGACAACCAACGAGUCAGUGACAGUCUUCAACAGUACUACCUUAUACAACAAAAUACACACACAUACAGCCUAUUACCGCUAUUUACGAUACAAUGGAGAAGAUUGCUUGGCCUGACGAGAUUGGUGGCGAGAUUUUGCCUGAUGCCCCUGAUAAACAACCUCAGCAACUACGCGGCCCUGAGCUCAAUGCAUAUAUUAUGAAGCUUUUCAAGGAGAUGUGCCCCUCCACCGUCGCCCGCCAUCUUGGCGAAAAUAACCUUGAGAUCAAACGUGGCCUCGAGUUACGCCUCCGGUAUAUGAAAGGGGGUCAGGUCAAAAUUCCUAAUUUUGACAUGACAAGGCAGCAGUCCCUCUCUGGAUUUUAUAUCCAGAUGUACGGAGAGGAACAAAAAGGCGACGAUAUAUGCGGGAGGUGUGCGAAGAACAAGGGCAAUCUGGUGGGCUGCUACGUCUUGGAGGGUUUUGCCAAGGGAGCGUGCGGCAAUUGCCUCAGUGGUUCGGGCGGCAGUGUAUGCUCGCUGGCCGACUGUACGCCUGCGCCGCGUAAAAGAAAGGGUUCAGUACUAGGUGGCUCUCUUAGUAAGCGUCCUAGGGAAGAUGACGACGAGGCUGCCCUGGACGGUAUCCCCUCUAAGCAUUUAGAGACUUUCGCGAACUUCCUCUACAGCGUGGUUGAGCGCCGUAGCCGCAGUAAGCCACUAUACCCCUCCGUAUUAUACUAUACUUGCUUUUUUUCUUUUCUCUUUACUUUUUGACUUUUUUUAUUCUUUUUUUUGGUUAAUUUUCUUUUCCUUUUUUGAGUUUAAUAAUACCCGG